AUAGAGAGAAGCACAAUCUACAACAUGAGACUUUUUUGGGGGCCUCAGCUCUGUCCCCACACCUGGGGGAGGGCUCAGCCCAGCUAUGAGAACUGCUUUGCCUCAAACUCAACUCUCUACCAGCAGAGGGACUGAAGUGCUCCUUCAGACCACAGACGUCUGGGAAUACUCAGGUGCGACACUCAGGUCCAAUUCACAGCCUCUGCUUGAGGCACUGAUCGAAUGCAAUCGGAGGAGGAGGGAGACCUAGACCAUCCAGGUCCCUGGACAGAGGCCCAAAGUACUGGAGGCCCACCUAAGCCUGGGCCUUAGGGACCAAGAGCGGCACAAGGAAGGCUGCGAGACGCGAAGGGAGAGCGCAUGCAUCUGGGCCACAGAACUUGACAGCAUAACGUGGUGGGAGGCCCUGAAGUGUGAGCCGGCGCCAUGGAGGCCUCUGUGCUAAGCCCCACGUCCUGGGAGAAACGGAGGGCCUGGCUCCGUCAGAGCCGAAACUGGCAGACCCAGGUGCUGGAAGAGGAAGCAGCGGCGGUCCUGCAGGAUGUUCCAGAGUCUGAGCCUUCCAGCCUAGAUGACGUUUUCCAGGAAGGGAAUCCAAUCCAUAAGAUUGAAGACUGGCUGCAGGACUGCGGAGACUCUGAAGAGGGGUUUUGUGAGGAAGCAGGACAGUCCAUCUACAAUGAGUGCUCCAGCCAUGGGGCCAGCUUUGAAGAUGACUUGACCCUUGGAGCCGAGGCCACACUGCUGGCCGCCAAUGGAAAACUCUUCUCCAGGAGUUUCCUCCAGACGCCCAGGCCUGGACAACUACUUGAUCUUGGCUGUAGUUUGGCUUCUAGCAGCAUGACUGGUGGGACCAACAAGACAAGUUCAAGCAUCUCAGAGAUUCUGGAUCAGGUGCAAGAAGAUGCAGAAGAUGUCCUCUUCAGUCUGGGCUUCGGCCAAGAGGACCACAGAGACACUUCUCGGAUCCCUGCAAGAUUUUUCACCAACCCCUCUCAGGCCAAGGGCAUUGAUUUCCAGCUCUUCCUGAAGGCUCAGGUGCGGAGGAUUGAAAUGGAAGACCCCUGCCUCAUGUUAGCCAGCAGGUUUAAGCAGGUGCAAACUCUGGCUGUUACUGCUGAUGCCUUCUUCUGUCUCUACUCCUAUGUGUCUAAGACACCUGUCCAAAAAUUCACACCAUCCCAUAUGUUCUGGAAUUGCAACCCAACUGAUGUGCCAUCCAUCAGGAUUCUGACUCCAGAGUCUGAACCCCACUCACCCAAAGAACGCCUCCGGAAAGCUAUCUCCAAAAUGUGCCUGUACACAGGUUCCCGCGAUCGGUUCUCAUCACCCCACAACACCCCUAAGAGAAACAGUUUGGACCAAGUGGUGUGGGAAGUAAUGGACAGAGUGAGAGAAGAGAAGCUAGUUCUUCAGAAAGGCCCUGGGUUUGGGGAAGGUCCACAGAAAGAGACUGCCCACCCUACAAGGGAUUCACAGCUUCCUGCUACCUCUCCAUGUGUCUUCUACGCAAAAGAGGAAACACAGCAAGGAAUGUCCACAGUUCGGGCACCACCGCAAGAUCUGGAUUCUAACCCUGAGGCACCCUGUUGCAUACAUUCUCUAACCAGAGCUUAUCCACAAUGGAGCACAAACUCUGCACAGGUAAGAAGAGAGCUGUGGGGUCUACAGGCCACCAAUAAGGAAGCCCAUUCAGCCACGAAGGAGAUUUUCUGGGAAAGAAAGAGCAAAGCAAGAAAGAACCUAUUUCAAAAGAGUUCCUUGGACAAAAAGUUUAAGUCAUUGGACUUAUCAGUAAUUCAGCAGAAAUGGAAGCAAAGUCAAAACAGACCGGAACUGCACCACUCUAUAACCCAGCAGCCUCAGCAUACUGUGGACUCAGAGAAGUUACAGCUUCAAAGCAACAGCGAGGAGGAGGAGAGCUGCUGGUCCAGCAGACCCACACUCCCCGACCUCUCCCAGACUUUCCCUGGCAAAAACGCAAGAAGGAGCACAGAGAAGUUAACUUCUAGGAAGAUGACUUUUCUAGGCUUUCUGCACCCUGACAGCAGCACAUGUUCUGACAGCAGUGGCUUCUCAGACCAGCCUAACUCCUACCUCUUCUAGAAGGAAGUUGUACUGCCCUGGACAUCCAGUCCCUGCUCCCUGGCACUCCAAACCCCUGAAUUCAGCAGGAGAAAGGCAACCUGGAACACCAGAAAGGAGACCAGACUGAGAGAUCGGAACUCUGCCUCCUGAGGCUGUAGCAAACUCCAUGCUCACAGAAGGACCUCAGGCACAUAACUUCAUUGCUCUGCACAUUUGUUUUUCUAGUAGGUAGGUAUUAGAUACAUGACAUGGACAGUGAUAAACUGGACAAAGACUUAAUUUUCUCCCAAACUUUGACAUUGCUAAAGGCAGAAGAUUUAAGGGUGAUCAAGUUUGGGGAAUAAAGUUUGCUACUGGAAUGUUCUGGUUUUAAAACCUUGGUACAAAUGGCAGUGGAAUUGCUCCUGGACUUCAUUUAUCCCCAUGUGUUCCUAAUUAACUUCCAUAAAAUUUUCCACAACCCCAGAGUUCUAUUUUUCUUCAUGAGGCAUUCCUUAUCAGAGGAGAUCUUUUUGGAGCCUCCCCCUUGAAUCCAGCUUCUCUCUCUAUCUAAAAUUUUGUAUCUUUCUAGGAAAACACAUGAGUUGGACUUCCGGUUUUUCCUCUUGACUAUUGAAAAAAAAUCACAAAUUUUCUGCUGGCAGAAAAUAAUACAA